AUGCGUUCCUUGUGGUGGUCUUCGCUUUCUCUCGCGCGUUCCCCCUCCCCCCUUUCUCUCUCUCUCUCUCUCUCGCUGGGUUUCAUCAUCGUUCACGUGAUAACACGACUGCCUUGUUGUUUCGGGGGGGGGUUGGGGGGUUCGCCUUCUCACCAUAUGAUGCGACUGCACCCGCACCAAAAUCCACCCACGCGCAGAGAGUGCGUGUGUGCGUGGGCAAACAAAUACACCGGUGUGUUUCGAUUUACUUUGCUGCCACGCGCCCACAUGUUUCGGCUCCUUCGACGCUCCGUCAGCUCACCUGGUGGGACACCAGGCGCUACAGUAGUCGCAUCCUCGGUGCCGACGAGUCUCUACCCUGCUGCAUUGUUCCGUCGUCAUAUUCACCUGACGCCGUCCGUGUUAGCCUCUACGGCGCCGUCGCGGGAGCAGGAGCAGCAGCAGCAGUCCACUUCCGCCGCGGCACCCGCAAAUACUGUCACGUCAACGACGGCCAUCGCGCCUGGGCCCUACCGCCGCGUCGGUAAUGUGUUCAUUGUUGCAUGCGUUGAUCACCCCUUCAAAUUUUCAUGGGAGGUGAACCGCAUGCUGCGUGAGCUCCGCCUGGAGUUCAUGGGGCAGACAACCAUCGUGCCGGACAUUCCUCAGGUGCGGAAGCGACUGUGGCGGGUGCGCCACAUCGUCCGCAUCGACCAGCUCGACCUUGAUGAAGCAAAGGCGCUCAUCGGGGUGCCGGAGCACAUUUCGUUUCGCGAUUUGGCUGCGCAGAUCCCACCAACUUUCGGUCGCGGCGGCUCCGUCGCCAACCCGCACAUGCGCAGCAAGAUGAACUUUAUGCGACUGCGGCGAAUGCGACUGCGUGACGUGAUGCACCGUGAUCAGCUCGAGAAGCGGCUCCUCGAGGAGAAGCGUCACGCACUGCAGCAGCAAAGUGGCGGAGCAGAAGCAAACACUGCGUAG